GGCACUCUCGGUUUUUCUCGUCGCCUUUCGCUCGCGGCCCGGUCACAGUCGACCGACGUGGUCGCACGGCCGGUGCAUGUUGCAAAAUUACCAAUUGGUUCGUUAACCCACAUCCUUAGUUCGAGCUGCACCGCCGCGGCGGCUGUCCGUUGCGCGAGCAAUUUCAAAACAAUAUAACGCUGGCUAUUAAUCACCGAAUGUGUUCACAUAACUAUGUCGACGUUCCACUAGUGCACUAUCGUUGGCUGUGCCGUGUUAGUGAUUUUGUAUGUUGGAGCGAGUAUGAUCAGUGUGCCUGUGCAGUGUGUGAGUCCAGGAAGUAGUGUUCUGUACGGCGACGAUGUUGCGGCGCCGGGGCACGUACACCGUCAACGCCGAGCCAGAUAGCCGGCUCAACCGGCCAAAAUCGGCCGAGCUGGCGCCGUUUAUUGUCAAAAAAAUCGGCAAGGACGGGUCGAAGGUGACGACUGUAGUGGCGACGCCGGGGCAAGGCCCCGACCGGCCUCAGGAGGUGAGCUAUGCGGACAUGAAGCUCAUCGGCAACGGCAGCUUCGGCGUCGUCUACCAGGCCAAGUUAUGCGACACCGGCGAGCUCAUUGCCAUCAAGAAGGUGCUCCAGGACAAGCGGUUUAAGAACCGAGAGCUUCAAAUCAUGCGGCGACUGGAACAUUGUAAUAUUGUCAAAUUGAAAUACUUCUUUUACUCCAGUGGAGAAAAGGCGGCAGUGCCCGCCGCAGUGAGCUCAAUGCUAAACGCAAUGCAGUCCAUAGAGGUCGCAAAAGACGAAGUGUACCUGAAUUUGGUGCUGGAGUACAUACCCGAGACGGUGUACAAAGUUGCACGUCAUUACUCCAAAGAUGAACAAACCAUACCUAUUAGUUUUAUAAAGCUGUACAUGUACCAGUUGUUCAGAAGCCUCGCGUACAUCCACUCGCUGGGCAUCUGCCACAGGGACAUCAAGCCGCAGAACUUGCUCCUGGACCCGAAGACCGGCGUCCUCAAGUUGUGCGACUUCGGCUCGGCCAAGCAUCUUGUGCGCGGGGAGCCAAACGUCUCCUAUAUAUGCUCGCGGUAUUACCGCGCCCCAGAACUUAUCUUCGGCGCCAUAGAUUAUACCACUAAAAUCGAUGUGUGGAGCGCGGGUUGCGUAGUGGCAGAGUUGUUGCUUGGCCAGCCGAUCUUCCCCGGCGAUUCCGGUGUCGACCAACUUGUUGAGAUCAUCAAGGUUUUAGGCACCCCGACACGUGAACAAAUCCGAGAGAUGAAUCCAAACUACACAGAAUUCAAAUUCCCACAAAUCAAGAGCCACCCGUGGGCGAAGGUGUUCCGCGCGUGCACGCCCCCGGACGCCAUCUCGCUGGUGUCGCGGCUGCUGGAGUACACGCCGGGCGCGCGCCUGUCCCCGCUGCAGGCGUGCGCGCACUCGUUCUUCGACGAGCUGCGCGAAGCGGGCGCGCGCCUGCCCAACGGCCGGCCGCUGCCGCCGCUGUUCAACUUCACGGAGUACGAGCUGGGCAUCCAGCCCUCGCUCAACGACUUCCUCAAGCCGCGGCCGGCGCCCGCCGCGCCCGCCGCCGACGCGCCCGCCGCCAGCCACGAGUCGCAGGACGCGCGCGACUCGCAAGGGUCGCCGGCGGCCGGCAGCGGCGCGGCGGGCGGGUCGCCGGCGUCGUAGGACGCGCGCGG